AAACUGAAGUUCACCACAGUAUACGUACAGAAUCUAGAUUUGUUUCCCCCUCUCUUCCCCUGAUUUGAUCGUUCCUUCUCAUAUAUAUUCCCAUUUCUUUUUCUUUCUUUAUUUUGUUGCCAGUAAUGGCAGCCAUCAUCAGUGGCAGUAGCUGCAGCAAAAGUGAGGGAAAGAGUUAUUCAUCGGGAAGGUAAAAGCCUAUAGCAUCCGGCCACUGCCUUCUUCUCUCCGUGCUAUCUUCGUUUUUCCCAUCUGCAAACUCUUUGUGUUCCUUUCUUUACAAGGAACAUCCAAACAUAGUUCGACUCACUGAGUGUGUGUGUGAAGAUCCACGCAUGCUGCUAAUGAACAAGAAACACAGUUAACAGGGUUAGAAAACUCAGGUUUAUAAGUGGCUGCUGCUUUAGGAUUUGCACUAAAAAGCCUGUUUUUUAUAGCAUAAAUAUCGGGAGAGAUCUUUAGGGCAAAAAUAGAUUGUGUUGGGGUGGAGAACAACUAGGAAAAAAGAGAGAGAAACGAAAAGACAGAGAGAGAUAAUUAAUGGAAGGUGGUUCCAAUAGCACUUCUUGCAUGAUGGAUUUUGGACACAACGAUACUAGUAGUAAUAUUGGGUUAUCUCCAAUGUCUAUGAUGCCUCCCAUGGCUUCCCAUCAUCAUCAUCAUUCCAAUUUGGACUCGAACCCCUUAUUUCUUAGUAGCGACAGCUCCUCUUUCAUUCUACACGAUCAAAACAACAACACGGGGUGUUAUUUCAUGGAGACUAGCAACGAUGGCAGCUCUUUCAAGACUAAGAUCAUGGCUCAUCCUCACUAUAACCGUCUCCUGGCCGCCUAUGCCAAUUGUCAAAAGGUAGGAGCACCGCCGGAAGUGGCGGCGAGAGUAGAAGAUGCAUGCGCAUCGGCGGCGGCUACCGUUGGUGCUACCAGCAGUGCAAGAAUAGGUGAUGAUCCAGCACUGGACCAGUUCAUGGAGGCUUAUUGUGAGAUGUUGACUAAGUACGAGCAAGAGCUCUCCAAACCUUUUAAGGAAACCAUGCUUUUUCUUCAAAGGGUCGAGUCUCAAUUCAAAGCCCUCACCGUUUCCUCUUCGAAUUCUGCUUGUGGUGAAGUUUUUGACAGGAAUGGAUCAUCGGAGGAAGAGGCCGAUACAAACGACUUAAUUGAUCCCCUCGCGGAAGAUCAAGAACUUAAAGGCCAGCUUUUGCGGAAGUACAGCGGAUAUUUAGGCAGCCUGAAGCAGGAAUUUACGAAGCGGAGGAAGAAAGGAAAGCUGCCUAAGGAAGCCACCCAACAGUUGCUGGAUUGGUGGAGUAUACAUUACAAAUGGCCUUACCCUUCGGAGUCGCAGAAGCUUGCCCUUGUGGAAUCGACCGGUCUGGAUCAGAAGCAAAUAAACAACUGGUUCAUUAACCAGAGGAAAAGGCACUGGAAGCCAUCUGAAGAUAUGCAGUGUGUGGUGAUGGAUGGUACCCAUCCUCACUAUUUCAUGGACAAUGUUCUGGGAAAUCCUUUUCCCAUGGAUCUUUCGACUGCAUUUCUCUAAAGAAUUGAU